AUGCAGAAUCUAGCGAAACGAUCCAGACAGAUGAUACAUGGAAUAAAUAUUGGAACUCAUAACAUUUCUUUAAACCGUUCAAAAACAAAAUCUACAGAUUGGAUUGCCACUCGCCUCGUAAUGGCUUAUAAAUCCAGACAUCAUAUUGAAGUAAGCUCAGUUGCACUGGUAGACUUAAAAGCAGAAAUAUCAAGAAGACAGAUUGAAGUUAAACAAAAAGUUGAGAAACAUCCAGAUGGCUGUAAUGUGAUAAGGAAUCGUUCUGCUGAAUUAAAACCUGGCAAAGUAUCACUGUGGAAAACUUCAAAAGAACAAAUCUUAGAAGAGCGUACAAGGUUGGAAUCUGAAAACAUACCCUCCGAUGCUGAAGAGUAUGCAGAAUGGGAAAAAAGUAGAAGAGCAUUAGAAGCUAAAGCAAAACUCUACGAUGCUCUACGAGAAGCCGCAAUGUCUGGAAAGAAACCUAAUUUGACAAAGAGAGAUGAAAAUGAUGGAGACAUUCUGGUUGAUUUUGAACAAAAAGCCACAGAAAAUUUAAAUUUAGUUCCUCCAGAUUCUCCUACGCGUUCUCGCUCUACUUUUAGUAGCGAUGAAGACUCUGAUGAUUAUCCCGCUGGUUGUAGUGAUGAAGAAUGGGAGGAUUACACAGAUGAACGUGGUGUCAAACGAGUUUGUAUGCGCAAAGACCUGUCUAGUCACAUCAAGCAGUCUAGUCCACCUAAACCAGAUGGUCCACUCACAUAUGCACAUUUGAGAGAAGGAGAAAUACGCGAUCAUGGUGUUGGAUUCUAUUCUUUUUCUACAGAUCUUGAACAGAGAGAGGCUGAAAUGAAUCGCUUACGAGAACUUCAUCGGGCUACUGAAGAAGGACGUGCUCGAGCUGAAGCGAUUCGAGCGAAAAGAGAUGCUAAAAUGGGUCAACGUCUUGCACGCUUGCGUGCCCGUAAAGGUUUACCAGAUGUAGCAACUGCUGCUGCACAGUGUCUGGGAGAGGCUGCAGUUCCUGCAACACCUACUCCAAUAGGUGCAGAUGCCCAAUCUGAUAUUCGUCUGAGUAACGAUGAUCUAGAUGUUGCGUCUAUGUUGCGUAGAUUACGCGAUGAAGCUGAACAUAGAGCUGCUAUCAAUAAUAGUAAAUUGAGUGAAUCGAUAAACAGUAUCCCUCCUGAGCCUGAACAUAGAACAAAUUUAGCUGAUGUGCUAGCAUCUCAAAAUCCAAGCCGUCCAUCCUACGGUAGUAAACAAAGAGAAUGGGAUAAAGGAAAGUCAAUGAUUUCAGCACAGCGUUACAUUCAAGAAGAACGUGAUAAGCGAAUUGCAGACUUUGCCCCUCCAUCUCACUAUUAA